AUGCGCCCCACCUCUGCCCUGCUGCCGCUCGGGCUCGCGGGCUCGACCUACGCCGCUGCCAUCAAGUCGACGUCGGCGUCGUGCUCGGACCUCUGGAACGUCGCACCCAAGCUGCUCUCGAACCUCGAGGUCUACGUCGCCCAGGACUAUGCCGCCGGCACCAACUUCUCGACGCCGUACGCGACGCCGGCGUAUCCGCAGGCCGUGCCCGACAUGCCCGCCUUCUGCCGCUUCGGCGCCUACAUCCACACGUCCAACUCGUCCAAGGUCCAGUUCGAGGUCUUCCUCCCGACCGCCGACGACUGGAGCGGCCGCUUCGCGGUCGUCGGCAACGGCGGUGACGCGGGCGGCGUCAACUUCCCCGACAUGUGGGCGCCCUUGAAGACCUACAACAUGGCCGUCGCCUCGACCGACACAGGGCACAACGGUACCUCUGGCGACGGCACGUUCGCGCUCAACGGCCCCGAGACGCAGCUCGACUUUGGCUACCGCGCCGUCCACCUCACGACCGUCUACUCGAAGGCGAUCGUCAAGGCGUACUACGGCCAGGCGCAGAAGAAGAGCUACUGGCUCGGAUGCUCGUCUGGCGGCAAGCAGGGCCUCAAGGAGACGCAGAUGUUCCCCGAGGACUUUGACGGCGUCGUUGCCGGCGCAGCUGCUCAAUGGUGGACCCACCUCAAUGCCCAGACGUACCGCGUCAACGCCAUCGUCAAUAACGUCAACUCGACGGGGUACCUCAACACGACCGACUACCAGCUCAUCGGCGACCUUGUCUACAAGCAGUGCGACGAGCAGGACGGCGUCAAGGACGGCAUCAUCACGAACCCGAGCGCGUGUCAGCCCGACCUGCAGCAGCUGUCGUGCGACUCGCCCGGCGCCAACUCGACGAGCUGCCUGAACGCCGAGCAGAUCGUGACCAUGUACCGCAUCUGGAGCGACUACCACAAGGAGACGACGGGCGACUUUGUCUUCCCUGGCUUCAUGCACGGUGCCGAGGGCCUCCAGGGCUUCUCGGUCAACGGCAGCCCCUACGGACCUGGGCCCGACUUCUUCGAGUACCAGGUGCUCAACAAGACCGAGGUCGGCUCGUUCAGCGCCAACGCGACCGAGAUGGACCGCCUGAUCGACAUUGCCGACGCGACCGACCCUGGCAUGACGAACGCCAUCAACCCCAACAUCUCGAGCUUCCUCAAGCACGGCAAGCUCCUGACCUACGUCGGCCUUUCUGACGGGCUCAUCCCGACUGGCUCCUCGAUCUGGUACUACGAGCAGGUCCGCAAGGCGCUCGGGUACCCGGCCGACCUCAACGACUCGUACCGGCUCUUCACGAUGCCUGGCAUGGGUCACUGCCGUGGCGGGCCCGGCGCGUUUAACUUCGGCGGUCCCGGUCAACGUCAGCUCAGUCUCGGCGGUGGCUCGACGAGUGCGACGUUUGACGCCAAGCACGACAUGGUCCUCGCCAUCAUCGACUGGGUCGAGAAGGGCGUCGCGCCCGACAUGAUCAUCGGCGCCAAGUACGUCGGCGACGACAUGCGCAACGGCACUGCCUUCGAGCGUCCUCACUGCGUCUACCCGAAGCAGGCGACGUACAUCGGCGGCGACGUCAACUCGGCGAGCAGCUUCCGGUGCGAGAACAUCGCCUGAGCGAGCGAGUCCUGCCGGACGUGCGGCUCUCGCGUCCCUCUCUCUGUCUCUCUUCUCUUUCCAAGGUCGGGUCGUCCGUAGCAAAAGUUCUUGGCAAUUGGCAGCUGUUCUCCAUGU